ACUCUUUCCUUUUGAGCUGUCAUAGCGGCGAAGACGUGUGUGCGUGUUAUUUUCAACAGCAUUUAACUAAAUAAGCGGAAUAACAUUAAACAAAACUAUGACUUCGCAUCCGGUUUUCAUAGACCUGUCCCUGGACGAGCAGGUGCAAGAGCUGAGAAAGUAUUUCAAGAAGUUGGGAGCCGAAAUCUCAUCUGAGAAGUCCAAUAAAGGCGUCGAGGAUGACCUGCACAAAAUUAUUGGCGUCUGCGAUGUCUGCUUCAAAGACGGUGAACCCUCGCAGAUUGAUGGCAUCCUCAACAGCAUUGUGUCCAUUAUGAUCACGAUUCCUCUGGACCGCGGAGAGAACAUUGUUUUGGCCUACUGCGAGAAGAUGACCAAGGCUCCCAACCAACCCCUGGCUAAGGUCUGCCUCCAGUCGCUGUGGCGUCUGUUCAACAACUUGGACACUGCCUCACCUUUGCGCUACCACGUCUACUACCAUCUGGUGCAGGUGGCCAAGCAGUGCGACCAGGUUCUGGAGGUCUUUACUGGCGUUGAUCAGCUCAAGUCUCAGUUUGCCAACUGCCCGCCCUCCUCGGAACAGAUGCAGAAAUUGUACCGCCUUCUCCACGACGUCACCAAGGACACCAAUUUGGAGCUAUCCUCCAAAGUAAUGAUUGAGCUCCUGGGAACCUAUACCGCCGACAAUGCCUGUGUUGCUCGCGAGGACGCCAUGAAGUGCAUUGUUACUGCUCUCGCUGAUCCCAAUACAUUCCUGCUGGAUCCCCUGCUGUCGCUGAAACCGGUGCGGUUCCUCGAGGGCGACCUCAUCCACGACCUGUUGUCCAUUUUUGUUUCGGACAAGCUUCCGUCAUACGUCCAGUUCUACGAGGAUCACAAGGAGUUCGUGAAUUCGCAGGGUCUGAACCACGAGCAGAACAUGAAGAAAAUGCGCCUGCUGACGUUCAUGCAGUUGGCGGAGAGCAGUCCCGAGAUGACUUUCGAAACCUUGACAAAGGAGCUCCAAAUCACCGAGGACGAGGUUGAGCCCUUCGUUAUCGAGGUUCUGAAAACGAAGCUGGUGCGUGCCCGUCUGGACCAAGCCAACCGCAAGGUACACAUUUCAUCGACCAUGCACCGUACCUUCGGUGCGCCACAGUGGGAACAGCUGCGCGAUCUGCUGCAGGCCUGGAAGGAAAACCUGAGCUCGGUCCGGGAAGGCCUUACAAACGUUUCGGCGGCGCAACUGGACCUCGCCCGCAACCAGAAGUUGGUACAUUAGGCACAUAACCCAUCCAAAACGACACUGAACAAACGCAAUCUUCUGGCCAAGGAAUUAUAAUCUAAAGUAUAUUGCAGGAGUGCGUGGAUAACUUGAAUAAAUUUCUAAGUAUACCCGAA